AUGAAGAAACCUCCAAUGACCCCAGUCGACCCGAUACCGCCCCUGAAGCGGCCCGAUCUACGACAACGCCUCAGCUUCGCCAUGAUUUUCAAGCGCGAGUGGUAUCUUCUGCCGUACAUCCAUCUGAUACUUAUCCAGAUCCGCUCUCGGUCUCCCGAAGCACGACAUGUCCAAGGCCAUAGCAAGCGACCUAGGAUCGAAAGUCCUUAUGAAUUCUCGGUGACAGGUUCUCUUCCAACGCCACCAAAUCCCACGGCAGCUUCGCUUGAGCUCCCACCAAAGCAAUUGGCUGACCGGCUCCUCGACGCUUAUUUCUACCGAGUCCACCGGCUAUAUCCAUUUAUCCAUGAAGGCACUUUCAGAUCAGACUACGAGCAGAUGUGGGGUCGGAAAACGGAGGCGAGCAAUCGACCCAGCUGGCUCGCCGUACUCAACAUGCUCUUUUGCUUCGGGUGGGAAUUCUGUGACAGGUCGAACAUCAGCCAACCCGACAACGCUUUUGUCUUUGCAGCUCGUGCUCAGAGUUUGCUACUUCCAGAAAUGCUGGCCGAAGCUAGCCUGGAAGUCGUUCAGGCUCUAUUGCUCAUUUGUCACUUCCUCCAGGGCACUUUACAAGUGGAUAGAUGUUGGAGCCUCGCGGGCCUGAUGACACACACGGCGAUCAGUGUCGGCCUCCAUCUGAACCCUACCGCAUUGCCGCUAACGUCGCUGGAGAAAGAAAUGAGGAAACGUGUCUGGUGGGGCUGUAUACUCCUGGGGUAUACGCUGGGCAUGAAGUUUGGCCGGCCACCGGUGGUCAAGAUGGGGGAUGGUUCUAUUGUUGACCUCCCAGCCGAAAUCGACGAUCAAUACAUUUCAUCCGCCUCUUUAGUUCCACGGCAACCUACUGGACGUCCGUCUUUGACCUCAUUCUUUGUCCACACGAUCAGAAUGGCCCCUAUCAUCGAGCGGAUGCUGCAGGAGCUCUAUCUCAACGGUGUUAGUCGGAGCUUCAUGAGCAACCUAGAAGGUGCUGCCGCUUCUGGUCCGACUGCAGCGCAGAUUCUUGGAGCGACAGUCAUCAUCGACGGACAAUUGUCUGAAUGGUGGAGAACAGGGCCUAACCAUCUGACAGGAGAGGCACAGUCUGACGAAGAUGGCGGGCCCGAGUUCGCUCGCCAGCGCCUUGUCUUGUUGACAAGGUAUCACCACAUCCGCCUUCUGGUGCAUCGGCAGUCCUUUUUGAUAUACAGCCGACACCAAGUCCACGACCCCUUUCUCCGAUCGGUCGCUGCAGCAUCCGCCGACAUCUGCAUAUCGUCCGCUCGCCGCUCUAUACAGUUAAUCUGCGCGCCAGAGAAUGUCCAUAGGUUGAACUCUCUAUAUUACAACUUACAUUACGCGGAAGACAUUUUUGCUGCGAGCGGAGUCCUGCUCAGUCUCAAGACGAGAGACACAGCACUAUCCGAAGCGAUAGGGAUCACAGAAGACGACGAGACACUCGGCCUCGGCAUGGAAUUUCUCCAAAGUGCUGGUCACAGUGUACCUCUCGCAGCACGAUAUCACUCUAUGCUGAAGCAAAUUCAGAGCCAAAUUGGCAGGCCAGAAGCAAGAGGCACUUCGAGACUGAACCCCACGGCCGCUACGCCAGACACCACGGGUGCAAUCGACCAAGCGGAAUUCCCAAUGAGCCGUACUAGUGAUGAAAUGGGCAUGGCUGAGAACGUGGAUGACAUGAACGGGCUCUUUGGCUUUGAAUUCCUGGACUCCAAUGACCUCUUCAUGGGCACCGGCAUAUGA